AUGGUAGAUAAAGUAACAAUUUCUGACACAGAGAUAGAAGCUUAUCAAUGUUCAAUAUGCUAUCAGAUAGCAGAAUCCCCUGUCAAAUUAUCAACAUGCGGUCAUAUAUUUUGCUUCAAUUGUAUCAAUAAAGUUGACUAGGUUGCCAAAGAAAACAAAAAAGGAAAUUUACUAUGCAAAUGUGGUAAGAGUGUAAAGUUGUGGAAGCUGAACUCACAUCAAGAAGAAUGCAAAUCUUAUAAAGGAGAAGUUGAACAAGCCAUCAAGAGCACUCUUAUUGAUCCAUCUCAAGUGAAGCAGACUGUAAAUAGACAAACCUUCAAUUGCCCCUUAUGCAGUGAAAAGAACUUAGAGAGAAAAGGGUUACUCGCUCAUAUGAAAAAAUAUCACAGAAAUAAGUCAGGGAUUUGCCCCAUCUGCGUAGUUCAAGCAUAUGGUGAUCCUAAUUAUGUAUCUUAGAAUCUAAGUAAGCACAUUGAGAUGAGGCAUUAAUAUGAUCUUGAUACCUACACUGACUUCAACAUGGAUGAUGAAGCUAUUUUGCAAUAAGUACUGAUGCAAUCUAUGGGAAUUGAUGUUAAUAUGUAAUGA